AUGGGCAAUUGUUGUAAAUAAACUAGUUAAAAGAAUUUCUCUUCAAUUCAACUCAAUGACCUUUUACAAAGAAAAUCUCUGCUUCUUGAGUAAUUGGAAGUAAUUGAAUAAUUAAACUUCAGCAACUUUAAAAUCCAGUUUAUAAUCAGACUUCUCUUUAGGUAAAGAUGAUUACUUGGAUAAAAGAUUCUCAUGAUCUUUUUGAUUAUGAAAACUCUAAUCGAAUAACUUAAUCUUUGACAAUUAAUUCUUCUAUUAAAUUGUAUAGAGAUAAAACGAGUGGAAAAAUAUAAUCUGUUCAAUAAGGAAAAACACUAUUAAGGAUUGAAAAUAGACAAAAUUGUUUUUGGAUUGAACCUAGAGUAAAUAUUUGUAUGUAAACAUUAGCAAAUAAAAAAUGAUGAUCAUCAUGUUUGGUUAGUUAUAAAAUCAAUAUAAUAACAAGAUAAUGGUGUAAAAUUAUAAUAUAACGAUGUGAUAAGGGUUGGGAAGGUUGAAAUAAAAUUAUAAGAAUUCCAUUUUGAUGUGGGUGAGAAAAAAUUAGAUGAAAGAGAAACAAUUUUAAGUUAAAGUGUUGAUGAACAACGUUGUAGAAUUUGUCUAUUAGGUUCUGAAAGUAUAGAUGAUCCUAAAAUUGAACCAUGUAAUUGUUCAGGAACUAUGGCUUUGAUACAUUUAAAGUGUUUAUAACAUUGGAUUGUUACUAAAUAUAACAUGGAAAGUAGUAAUGCAAUUGUAUUUCUAUGGGAUUUAAUGAAAUGUGAAUUAUGUCAAAGUAAUUUUAAAAGAAAAUUAUAAUUAAAUGGUCAAACAGUUGAUUUAGUAGAAUUAAGUAAAAGAUAAUUCUAGAGUUAUGCAAUAUUAGAAAUGAAGAAACCAUUGAUUAAAUCAAAGGAAAGAUUAACAUAUAUUCUCAAUUUGGAAAAACUUGAAUAAUUUAAAAUUGGAAGAGCAAAUGAUAAUCAUAUUCGAUUAUGUGAUAUUAGUGUGAGUAGAUUUCAUUGUAAAUUAAUAUUGGUAAUUCAUGUAAUUAUAAUUAUGUAGCACAAUCAAGAAUUUUAUAUUUAUGACAAUAAUUCUAAAUUUGGUACUCUUCUUAAGUUGAAGUAAUCGAUGCCAUUAUUGAAAGAGUUUUAAAAUGUACAAGUUUAAGUUGGGCGAACGUUGUUUGAAUUCGAGAACGUAAGCAACAGUUACUCCAAAUGA